GUCAAUUAAUCCUAAAUACCUCCAAAGCCUCUCUCGUCAUCGUCAUCGUUAUCUUCAUCCUCAACCCCUAACCCUUUUCCCUCAACCCAAAUCGCAUGCCCGCAACUUACCGGUAGUCUCGCACGGCUGAGGAGUAUUACGGGAUAAUAUCUGUAUACUCCUUGCGUCAGGAAUUAGACUUAAUAUCUAGUUUAUUUGCUUGAGAGGAGUCGAUUGCCAAGUUAAAUCCUCCAUUGGUCGCGCAGUAGGUUACGUGCUUCACUGCCUGCCGACACACAACACCGUCAACCGGAUAUCACGAUCCCCACCGUAUAUCUUGCGCUACUUCAAGAUACAACAUCUCCGCCGUGAUGAGACCCCCUAUUCCAGUCUUAUCCGAUUAUGGAAUCUCGCCAAAGCAUGGCUUCUUACCCGACGUCUUGCCUUUGACGAGGCUCCCCGACCCCUAUUACAACAAGUGGGAGUCAAUUGGCGCUAAUUUCCAGAAUUUGAUCCUCAGCAAACGUCUUCGGGGAGUCGUUGACCGUCUUCCCGUCCUCUCCACCAUCGGUCUGGAACAUGACGCAGAAUGGAGGAGAGCCUACAUGCUCCUCACCUUUUUCGCUCAUGGCUACAUCUGGGGAGGUGAAACUCCUUGUGAUCGAGUGCCGCCGAGCAUCUCCGUUCCGCUGCUGGAUAUUUGCGAGCACCUUGAAAUUCCGCCCGUGUCUACUUACGCCGCUUCGGUGUUGUGGAACUUCAAGCCCCUAUUUAUCGACGAAGAGAUUGACGAUCUUGACAAUAUCGCUACCUUACUCACCUUCACAGGAUCGCUCGAUGAGUCAUGGUUCUAUCUCGUCUCCGUGGCUAUCGAAGCUCGUGGCGGUCCCAUCAUUCCUUUGAUGCUGGCAGCAGUUGCCGCCGCUCGACAAGGUGAUAGCGCAACCGUGACACGUUGUCUACGUGCCUUCGCCGAGCGCCUCGAUGAUCUUGGCGAGUUAUUGCGUCGCAUGCAUGAGAGCUGCGACCCUGGCUUUUUCUAUCGCCGUAUUCGUACUUUCCUUGCUGGUAGUAAAAACAUGGCCGAGGCAGGCUUGCCGCACGGCGUCAUGUACGAUGACGGUUCGGGGAAAUCCGAAUACGUCCAGUACAGUGGACCUAGCAAUGCCCAGAGUAGCCUUAUCCAAUUCUUUGACAUUAUCCUCGGCAUCGAGCAUCGGCCUACUGGUGAGAAGCCUGACCCGUCAUCUGAAUCGGAGCGUGAGGGGAGAAGCUUUGUGCCUCAGCACAAUUUUAUCCGGGAUAUGCGCCGUUACAUGCCGGGGUCUCAUGCCCGUUUCUUGAAUGAUGUCGGGGCUGUUGCUAAUAUUCGAGAGUUCGUCGAAAGUCGUGCUGCUUCCGACCGCUCGUUGAGCAUUGCGUAUGACGCGUGUCUUGCCAUGCUUCGCGCAUUCCGUGACAUCCAUAUUGCCAUCGUCACGCGUUAUAUUAUCCUACCUUCUAGAGAGAACAGGGCACGCAGUCGCUCCCGUAGUCCCGAAGUCGUCAGAACUCGGCAGAACCUUCCAACCAACUUGGCAACCGCCUCCCGGAACGAGAAGCAUAAGAGGGUAAAGGGCACCGGUGGGACAGCCCUGAUUCCGUUCCUCAAGCAAGCUCGCGACGAGACUGGCGAACCAUCGGUCGAGGUAUGGGCCAAGAAGUUUAUGAGCCGACAGACCAAAGUCUCUGGUCAAAAUGAUUUCUUCCUCGGAAAAGAAGAGAAGGCCGAGAUUUUGGAUGAACCGCUUGUGGAGCAUGGCCUUGCAGGAACGUGGACUAUGAAUGAAGAGUACGGUGGUAUUUGCAACUAUUGAGUUCAAGUAUCGCCGAUACAUUUGACUCUUGGGAUAUAACUAGCUUCAGUCGUUCUUACAUCGAGAUUAUAAAUUAGAUUGCGUCGUUUUAUUUUAUGUAUUGUGUUCUUAUGUUCUUAUGAUAGCUACGUCGCUAUUCUUCCCUAUUUCCCCUGUCUAUCUACCUACACAUCGUCUAACGUUCCUAAGAAUCUCUUCUACAUCGCAAUACCAC